UCCUUCCUUCCUUCCUUCCUUCCUUCCUUCCUUCCUUUCUUCCUUCCUUCAUUCCUUCCUUCCUUCCUUCCUCCCUCCCUUCCUUUCUUCAUUCCUUGCUUCUUUCUUUCUUUCUUUCUUUCUGUCUUUUUUUCUUAAUAGUUUCAACUGCCGGUGCAUAUUGAUACACCCAUACCAGGUUCCAGGUAUUUGAGUGAAUAUCAAGUACAAUAUUUUAAUUAUAUGACAUAUCACUAAAAAUGGCCAAAUGUUUGUUUAAUGGUAAGUUUAAAGAAAAACCCGUUUACGCUUGAGUGUAUUUACUUCAAAAGACACGCACAGAUUGACAAUGGUUAUUGUCUGUCAAACACACAAAACCUAGAUGACAAUGUCGUGUAGCGAUUGGAAUAUACAAUCUGCUCAUAAUAACAAUGAAUUGCCAUGUCCAAUUUCCAUGUAAAGGUUUGAUAAGCAGGUAGUUUAUAAUCAUAAUCAGAUAUGGUAGUUGCAUAAUGGAUACUUUUCAACUAAAAACACGAUCGAAAUCGACAGGACUCUACAGCGGGGGCAAGUACCGGUGUGAGGCCACGAUGUCUUGUACGCAGUGUGGAGGACAGUGUUUGCCAGGAUGUCGUAAAAUGGGCAACGGGGGGAACAGUGCCGGCAUGGGAGGUUGCGGUUGUGAUGGGAAAUCCGCAGGAGGCGAUAAAGCUGACAGUGGGAAAGGCGGUGAAAGUGGUGGAGGAGACAGAGGUGCUGGAGGCGCGGAUAAAGGGGAUGGAAAGGACGAUAAUGGGAGAUGGUGUGUCCUGCAGAAUCGAUGAUUGUUUUUAACUCGAAAUACAUUUAUUUAAUUUACUUGAUUAUUUGUGCGAGUUGUUUUGUUUUGAAUACGUGUAUAAUUGAGUUUAGCAUUGUGUGCAUGUACGAAACGGAUUGAUGUAAAUUAAAAUAUUACUUACACGAAUUCGUGAUAUCCUUGAGUUUUGUUUAAUGUUUUUAUAUUGAAAUUUGUUAAAACGCGCAUACUUACAGAAUAAAGGUCAUUUUAACCUUUCAGAUAUUAAGAGCACUGAAAAAUCGAAAGUUAUUAAAUGACAUUGUGCAUGUUUCAAAACAUGUUAUAGUAACUAAAAAAUUUCCAUUCAUGUGGUUAAGAGUUAAAUAUCGUGUAUUUAUAUAGUGAUUCAUAACUGCAAUUAAUCUUUUUUAACGGAGUAAUUUAUUUUGCAUCUGUUGUGAACAGACAAUAUAAUUUUCCUAGUUUCAACAAAAGGAAAAAAGAAAAAUUAAUUUCCCUUGAAUAAGAUAAGUCGCUGCCAGAUGGCGUUGUAGAAAGGCAUAUGCGGGUGAACGCACGAGGAAUAUAUAUAUCCCGGAAAAGCACGAGUUUAGGAAAACCCACUAAUCAGCCCGGUAAAAACAACGCUGGUCCAUUAAAUCAACCAAUGAUAGCUUACUAUAAAUUAUAACGGUUGAUACGGUGUGUGGUUUUGAAAGGAUUAUAAAUGGGUCAUGUUUAUUUGUACCAGCAGAUUAGUGGGUUUUUCCAAAAAGUUGCUUUUUCCGGGAUACAUAUAUUGUCAUUCAGCUUGGCGAUACUGACCGGUUAUUACACAUUAAUUUUCUUAAAGAUUGAGUAAAGGGCUUAUGAAUGACAA